CUACAUCACACUUUGCACCACACUAGUCACUUCUGCUAAAGACCCGGCAACGGUGGCGACUAUAUGACAUCUGUCAAGUAAAAUUCAAAAAUUUGAAGUUUGAACUGUCACUGUCAAUUCUGUAUCGGGAUAGGGGUGGUGUCAAUUUAUUUUAUCGCAAAAGAUGUGAGUUUUUUGCGUAAAUAACUGGAAAUUUUGGACAAUUCUUAUCAAUCUUUAAUUUUCCCUGAUAAAAAUCGAGUUUCUUCAUAUUUUCAUGCUGACACCUACUUCGAGUCCUCCAAAUCGUGUAAACCUAACAUUGCCGACUAUAUUGAAUGAUCAUCCAUAAAGUCGAAAAUAAAUACACAAACUGUCUUUCUGACAGUGAUUACCAAAGUCGAAACCGUUGGUACACCACCAGCCCAAUUUGAUAUUCCUACCACAGACCAGAAACAAUUGAACAUUAUUUCAACAUUUCUGGAAUCUUAUUCUAAAUUGUGAUAACCAAUACAACAAAUAAUAUAUAAGUAUCAACAGGGUUAUUUACAAAUUUGGUGCUACUGGAUGAAGGAACACCAGUAAAUACUUACGAAAUUUAUCAGCCUUCAUUCUGGAAUUGGAGAAUCUGAAGAGGAGAUCUGGCAUACUGAAAUAUGGUACAUCCAGUGGCAAAAAAAAAGGAACAUCUGUGCUAACUGGAUCCAGGUGUCAGGCCUGUAAUCCUGAGAACAAUAGAAACACGGGACAGUCUUGCCCUAAGCUUGAUACUGAAAAAUUCGAUAUUUCGACGAUUCCGCGCAAGGGCAGCGAGUCAAGCACGACCGGCAAGGCUAGCGGGGUGCGAGGCCUCCAUGGCUGGACGAGGUCCCUGACGCGCCCCUCCUUCAAGUCGUCGGGGGGCCACCGACGGUCGUCGUCGAACGCGUCUUCAACGUCGUGCGAGCUGGGGGAGGAGGCCGCUCGGGUGCUCGUCGCCGAGGGGGCCUCCUCCUCCUCCCCCCCGGCCCUCCUAGUCACCUGUUCGCAGCCAACGCCCAUACCUAAAAGGGGUUCGGACUCCUCAACUCUUCCACCAAUCAAAGGCAGCGUCCAAACUCCUACACCCGAGACACGACCAUCUGCUUUCGACAAGAUCGGAAACAUCGAGUUCAUAGAUCAGACCACUCCGACCGACACCAACAAUUCGAACAAUAAAGGAUACCACACCAUCGAUACAGAGGUUGAACAGAAAAACGCAGUCAAACUUGCUUCUUCGACUGAGGAUGAGGUAUUCAGGACGCCGCCUAGCAAACAGCAGAAAAGCAAGGUUAGGUCUAAAGCAAAUGGUAAUAAGAAGAAGACCAAGAAAGAUAAGGUUAAGCCAAUAUUGAACAUCGAACGUUCCCCUGAUAGUUCAGAAGGAACUGACACCGUUAAAAAGAUAGAUUUGACUCAUGUACUAAAGGAAAAGACGCCUCCUAGAGAAAGUGCAACCAAAAUACGUACUGUCACUACUGAUACAGACACCACACAGAUUAUAACAACGACAACAAGUUUGAAUAGGUAUACCUUUAUGAAAAUAAUGGACGAUGAUAGUGCCCUGAAACACGAUAAAAAAUUUAGAACACAUAGUUGCAGCAGCAUUCCUUAUGACAAUAUUAUAGAGAAUUUAGCCCCCUUCAGAAAGAGAUUUUGUAAUGUUCAGUUGUUCUCAGAUAAAGAUGAAGAAGAGAAGGAGAAGGAACAUGAAGCGAAAGAAAAGGAAGAAAUAACCCGAGUCGAAAUCAAGCCCAUCGUGGAAUCAAUUCUCGAUUCCAUCCUAGAGAUGGCGGUAGAAAUAAUAGAAAAAAAUCAGCUGCGCCAUGAAAGAGUCAAAAGCAAACCGAAAACCCCCAUCAAAUUGACCCGACUAGUUCCGACCCGUUUGAGGUGCAAUACGGGCGACACCCUGUCCAGCUUCUACAUCCCCAAAAUCAUCCAAACGCCGUGCAACGACAACCUUAUCGACGCCAGGAACUUCGUGGAGGAGUACGAGGAGUACCACGAGUCCUGUUCGGAGAUGCAAGACGCCGAAGUUGCCAUCGGUCAGGUCAUGAGCGAAUUGAGCGACAACUUCGAGCGUGCGAUAACCGAAAAGCAGAAGAGCAAGAAGACCGUGAAGCAUGUCGGAGUGACCAGCUUGAUUCCGAUCGAAACCGACUCGAACGCCGAAGACGACACGGAAGUGAACCAACCGGAAAUGAGACUUCUUGAGGUCAGCGCCAUGUACAACAUACCGAAGAACCUGUUCCAGAGCACCGAGAUGACGGAAAUCACCGAGCUGUACGACGAGUUGCACCGGAACAACGAGAACACUGAUAACAACCCGGAUUUGAUCGAACAGCCGGUGGUGGUGGUGAAUUUGUCAAAGGAGGGGAAGGUCGAGGAUGAUGACGAUGUUUAUAGGCCGAUAGCUGUCAGCCCUGAUGGAAGGUUUUUUAAGUAUGAGGAAGAGAUUGGUAGAGGAUCUUUCAAGACUGUUUAUCGUGGACUUGAUACCCAAACUGGUGUUGCAGUUGCCUGGUGUGAACUGCAGGAGAAAAAACUCAACAAGGCGGAACGACAAAGAUUCCGUGAAGAAGCCGAAAUGUUGAAAAAACUCCAGCAUCCGAACAUUGUCAGAUUCUACAAUUAUUGGGAAUCUCCCGGCACCAAAAAGAAGAAUAUCGUGUUGGUAACAGAACUGAUGUUGAGCGGCACAUUGAAAACGUAUUUACGGCGUUUCAAGAAGAUCAAUCCGAAAGUGCUGAAAUCAUGGUGCAGGCAGAUAUUGAAAGGUCUUGCUUUCUUACAUUCGAGAUCGCCUCCAAUCAUACACAGAGAUUUGAAGUGUGAUAAUAUUUUCAUUACCGGCACUACAGGCUCUGUUAAAAUCGGCGACUUGGGGUUGGCUACUUUGAAAAAUAGAAGUUUUGCAAAAUCGGUUAUCGGUACACCGGAGUUUAUGGCUCCAGAAAUGUACGAGGAACAUUAUGAUGAAGGUGUGGAUGUGUACGCUUUCGGAAUGUGUAUGUUGGAAAUGUCUACCAGUGAAUAUCCUUACUCUGAGUGUACUGGUCCUGCUCAAAUAUAUAAGAAAGUUAUUUCGGGUGUCAAACCGGCCAGUUUUGAUAAGGUCCAAAAUCCCGAGGUGAAAGAUGUCAUCGAAAGUUGCAUAAGGCCUAGAAAAGACGAUAGGCCUAAAGUGAAAGACCUAUUGAACCAUAUUUUCUUCGAGGAGGAUCUAGGAUUGAAAGUCGAAGUUGUAUCACAAGAGGGUAUGAAAAUUGUGUUCCGGUUGAGAGUCAUCGAUCCCAAGAAGAGAACUCAUAAACAUAAGGAGAAUGAGGCUAUUCAAUUUGAAUUUGAUAUGGAGACCGAUCGAUACAACACUAUUGCAGAAGAAAUGGCAAAGUCAGGUAUCAUAUUUGAUGAUGAUGCCAAGACAGUAGCCCAUUUGUUGAAGACGCAAAUCACUCAAAUAAACAAAGACCGUGAGAAGAAAUCUAAAGAGGAAGAAGCAUUAGCGCAGCAGUUGCAAUACCAACAAUAUUUACAACAACAAGUAGAACAGCAAAUGUCCCAGCAGCAGCAGCAACAACAGCAGCAGCAACAACAACAACAAGCUCAAUCUAGCUCUAUCCCUCAACAGCCUUCUCAGCAACAGAGUCAGCAACAACCCCAAUCGCAAAACGUUGCUUCUUAUCAAACCCAAAAACCUCCACAACAGUAUACGCAGCAACAAAAUUAUCCCACACAACAGCAACAGAAUUACCAAGGGCAACAAGCUGUGCACACUGGGGAACAACAAGUUCAAUAUAAUCAACAAACAAUGCCUCAAGAGCAGCAGUAUCAACAACAGAUCAGUACUGACCACCAACAGCAGCAGCAGCAGCAGCAACAACAGGAUCAAAUUGUGCAGAACCAAUUCAUACAACAACCGCAGACACUUCAAGGAGAAAGUGGUGUUUUAUAUACACAACAGCAACCAGUAACACAACAAGAAGUCCAACAACAGCAGCAGCAACAAGUUCCUCAACCUGUGUACCAAGUUCAGUCACAAAAACAACAAAUUCCUCAGGAACAGAACCAGAGCCCACCUGUCUUACAAAGGCAAACUUCGGUAGAGCCUGUGCAACAACAGACAAUCAUACUUAAACCUGGUGCACCAACACACUUUGUACAGCAGAAUUAUAUAGCUGAAGGUCAUCCCCAACAGGCGGAAUAUUUACAAGUGCAGCAGGACAACCAACAUAAGGUUUCCAGCAUAUCACAGCCUGAGUUACUACAUACAGCGCCACAGCCUCAGGAACAUAGGUUGAGCGUUGAUAGCCAGUUAGACAAAGUUCAGGAUCAACAAGGAAUUAAUAGUUUCCAGCAGCCCAAUUAUCAACAGCAGCAGCCCACUUAUGCGCAAGUCGUUCAACACCAGCCCCCGAGUUUUCCGCAACAACAGAAUCAGAACGAUCAGCAGCCUAUGCAAAGCUAUCAGGGCCAACAACAGACUGCCAUUCCGAACUAUCAGACCCAGCAGAGUUAUCAGUCUCAGGACGGACAAAGCUAUCAGCAGCCGGGCUAUCAGCAGCAACAAAGUUACCAGCAGAAUCAACCACAAGACCCAGUUAUGCAUGUCAUCCCAGGAAUCCCCAAGCAAGAAUUGAAACAGCAAUUCGUGCCUCAGCAAAGUUUUCAACAACCCCCGUCUGCAGCACAACAGCCGUAUCAGCAACCCCCGCAGCAGGUUUACCAGCACUCGACUCCUCAGCAGAAUUUUGCGCAGCAACCUCAAGCUCCUGCAUAUCAAUCGCAACAGAGCUACCAACAACCGAGCCAAGCUCAACCAGGAUACCCUCUACAGCAGAACAAUCCGCAACAGACUUAUGCUCAGCAGCCAAGCCAAGCUAACUUUCAACAGCCCCAGGCACAGUUAACUUCUCAACAGCAAUCGCAGCCUCCGUAUACGCCUCAACAGCAAAUCAAUUAUCAACAGCAAACUAGCUUUCCCUCUUCACAACCUCAACAGAACUAUCAAGGUCAACCACCGUACCAGCCGAACGACCAAGGGCAGGUGUAUCAACAGUACGUACCUCAAAAUAACGAACCACAUACAGGGUACGUACCGCCCUCGAACGUCGAACAAACUCAACAGUACAUGCAACCACCCGUCGACCCGAAUCAACAGUACAUCCAGCCUACGGUCGACCCGAAUCAACAGUACAUCCAGCCUUCUAUCGACCCGAAGCAGCAGUACAUCCAGCCUACCGUCGACCUCAGUCAGCAGUACAUCCAACCACCAGUUGAUGCGAAUCAACAGUACGUGCAACCCGCAGUAGAUUCGAGUCAACAGUACAUGCAACAGAGUGUUGAGCCGCCCCAUCAGUAUGGGCAGCAACAGAGCAUGGAAAGCGGUCAGCAGUACCAACAGCAACAGAGCACGGAUUCGUCCCAACAUUACGCACCUGUGCAACAGGUGGCGCAACAGGUGGCUCAACAGGUGGCGCCACAGGUGGCUCAACAGGUGGCGCCGCAGUAUCCUCAGGCUGCGGCCGAGACGGACACGGACCUGCCGCCGAUGAACUUGGCCGAGCUGCAGCAGAAGCUGGCCGAGCAGCACCUGCAGACGGCGAAGGAGCAGCACCGCGCCUCGACCGCCUCGCUGCCGCCCAUGCCGGCCUUCGAGGCGCCGGCGCCGGACCACCGGCGGCUGUCGACGGUGUCGCAGCCCGCGUCUGCGCAGGACUACGCGCCGGGCGUGGGCUUACUGAUCGGGGAGGCGCAGGGUCAGGAGUAUCUGGCGCAGGCAAUGCAGCAACAGGAAUCUCACGCCCCAGCAGCGGACAACCCCAGCAAACCUCCACUCAGAGUGCCACCCCUGGAACCGAUACCCUCCGUCGAAUCUCUGACUUCCAAGUCCUCUCAGGACGUCACCCCUUCCCAGGACGACACCCCCCAAUCGGAGCAAGUAAGUUUGGCAGUGGCGCCGCCUCAUCGGAAAAGAGGCUCCUUCAAAUACCAAUUGAUAGUAGAUAAGGUCAACCAGGACGGUACGGUCGAGUGCCAGCUACUUUGCAAACAGAAACAGAUCAGUUUUAAGUUUAACAGGUUAGAAACGAAACCUUCGGAUAUUAUCGAAGGGAUGAUCAAGCAGGAGUGUCUGGAUGAGCCGCACAAGCAGCUCAAGGAGCAUCUGCAGGAGGUGAUCGAUCGGUUGAAUGUCGAUCCUGCUAAGAUACCGGAGUGUGCCAGGUCCAAACCGUGGGCGUACGUUCAAAAGGUUAGGCAUGCUUCACUCACAAGGCACUCUCACAAAAAAACACAUCGAAGACACAGAUCUAGGGACGAUUCAAGUGGCCAAACAUUUAUUAAAUCUAACUACGUUGAUCCAUCUCCAGUACAGGACGAAUUCCAAGGAAUCAAGACAUCUCUUUCUGAGAAUAUCUACCAAAAUUUACGUUGCAGAGAAAGUCUCAAUUCUAGCGGCACUGUUUCUCGGAAGACAAGCACAGCAUCAGAGUAUACUCCAGAAAACACUUACAUAGCAAAUAGACAGACUGGUUUUCCCGAUCAGGCCAACAUUUGCAAUGUUAUAGAUAGUUCGGUGGCUGGACCCACUGAAGUAAUUCAGCAAAAGCCUACAGAUGUCAGUAGUGUUGUUAGCAGUCCUUCUAAGGAACACGUUAAUAGAUCUAGUGAUCACACUGACGCUUUCAAAGCUGAAUUGAAUGAUAGUUUGCUGCAAAAGGAUGCUGGAAAAUUGAUUCCAGGUCAGAAGGUUGAACUCAAGAUGUUCGUCAUGUCGGUAGAUCAAGAGGAGGAUACAAGCAAUCGAGAAGUACCUAAUGUAGCUGAGAAACCCAAAGAACACAUCAUCGAGUUACAGGUAGAAAAGGGAGCCAGUGAACAAGCCAACAUUCGAUUGAAUGCUGAUAAACCCACAGAAAUUGGUCUCAAAGUACCACAAAGAAAAAUUUCCAGGUUUUUGGUCAGUCCAGUGCUGUCUGGACAACUUGAUCUGCCUAAAGAUAAAGAUUUCAGUUCUGAAGUUGCUCAACAACAACAACAACACCAGAUUAUUCCUGAGAUCAUUCCCUUGGUGGAAAAACCUGUAGAGCCAGUUAUAGUUCAACAAUUCACUGAAGUCAAACAGGUUCCCCAACUAAUUGAAACAAAACCGGUUGUUCCAGCGAACGCAGUAGCUUCUAAUGAACCUAUCCGUAAACAUUCAGCACCGUUGGAAACAACCCAACAUAACCUUGAAUUAGAAAAACCUGCAGAGGCAAAGUUGAGUGUAUGUUCAUUGAAGGAGGAAACUUCAAAAGAGGAACCCGGCCAAGUCUGUGGUCCUGAACCAAUCAACACUCUGGAGCAGUUGAAGAUAAGCUUAGAUAAUUUGAAGCACAGCAGCCACCCGAAAAAGGAUUCGGGGGAGAAUGACGUGAAAAAAGUAGCUUCCAAUGUUGAAAUUGCCUCCAAGGGUACAACUGUUGUACCACCCCAGCAACAGCCUGCUGUUCAACCUUCUGCCUCACAAUUUGUAACUCAACAAACAUCUCAAGGCCAACCACAACACUCUGUGCCGCCAGCACAACCGUCUUUUCCACAGCAAACGAUAACUCAACCUCAGACAGCUCUUCCACAGCCACAACCAAUCUUACCCCAACCCUCAGUAUCUCAGCCUCAACCAGUAUUGACCCAACCUCAACCCAGCAUGCCCCAAAUUCAGCCUCAGCCUGUUGUACCAGGGCUACCUCAGUCGCAGCCUCAGCCUGUUGGAUCUCAACAACAAACGGUCCUACCUCAUUCUCUGUCGCAAUCUAACGUACCACACCCGCAACCAAACGUUCCCCUAACCCAGCCCGUUCUACCACAACCUCAGCCUAUCGUACCGCAGCUGCAGCCCAGUAUUUCCCAAUCGCAGCCCAAUAUAACUCCUUCCCAGCCUGCUUUAUCCCAAACUCAGCCGGUUCAACCUCAUCCUCAGCUCCAAGCUAGGCAGUCAGUGCCCCUGACCCAACCGCAAACUAUACCACAGAAUUCUGCUGGAACUGCCCAUCCGAAUGUUUCGUCAUUGCCUCAGCAGGGGUAUAUGCCCCAACAGUUCGUGUCGCCACCCACAGUUCAACAGGUGCAGCAGUUCAGUUCUUCCGCGCCUCAACAGGUAAUCGCAGCACCUCAGCCUGUGAUGAGUUCUACUUUGCCAACUCAGCCAGUUUCGAUUCCCGCUGCUCAGAAUGCAGGCAGCGGAAUGGCGCAGCAGCCUCAGCAGCAGGACGUUGCCUCAAUGCCACCUUCUGCUGUUCUGAAUAACUAUCAGCAGCCAGUGGUCGUUCCGCUUCCGCAGCACAUCGUCAAUCAGCCAGUGACGUCACAGCCGAUGGUUCCCAACACGAACCAAUCGGGCGACAUGCAGACCAUUUACCAACACCAGUUGUUUCCGGGACAUCAGCCCAUUUCUAGUUCGGUGUCGGUGCAAAAUUUCUCUUCGAACGGCAAUCAGAAUGUGUCUGCGGUCCAGCAUUCGAUGUCCAUUGAUGAGACUUUGCAAAAUUAUGCUGUGAAGAAAGUGCCAGAGAAUCUCAAACAGAUUAUUGAGAGUGGGUCAUCUAAAGUCAGUCAAACUUCCACUCCUCAGAGCGAUGUUAAGUAUGAUGUUCACCUGCAAAAUUUGCAACAGAAGCUUUCAGCAAUACCACUUUCUAAGACACCACAGACUAACACGGCCCCCACAAGUCCACAAUUGAACAUUGCAUCGCUCGAGUUUCCGCUUGACUGUGUGCCUACUAACGCAACUAUUACCCUGAACAAACUGCAACUAGACUCCACCAGUGGCGGCACCAGCGGAACAGUCACCUCUGACAUUCUAUCGCCGGCGAUCGACGCACACCCUUCAGGGCAAUCGCCCUUCAACCUGACAGGGCCGGCCAGCGCCCUCUCGGAGCUGAAUAACAAGCUUAGGCAGAUUAACGCUAAGAGUGACGCUGACAAGCAGGAGGAGCAGGGGGAAAAUAACGCGACUGGUGUCGGUGAAUCUAACGCUAGGGCGAGCAGCCAGGAGCCAGCUCCAGAUAGUGCUGUUUUGACGGAACGCAGAGUAUCUCGUUUCAAAGUUAGUGUCGUUACAGAGCCCGAUAAAAAUAAACUGGUUAUUCCGGACAAGAAAGAGUAUGGAAGUAAUGAGAGUAGCAGUACAUUUAUGGAAACUGAAUCAAAAAGGGAGGCUGAUUUCGCAACUGUUAUCAAUACUACUUUCGAUUCAUUGAAAACGACUUUGGUUAAAUCUUUGCCAACUGGCGGAGAAGAGGUGCUUUUGCCCGAAGAGACAGAAAAAGAAGAAGUUUCCAAUAUAAAAGAGGAAACAUUUGAGGAAAUGUUGAAUAGGCAAAAGGCUGAACUUAAUGCUUUAAUGGAAGCCCAUAGAAAGCAGCAGUUAGAAUAUAUGGAAUUUCAUCGAAAACAGAUAGAAGAAAGUAAGGAGAUCAAGAGGAGUGAUUAAGUGAGAACGAAAGGCUGUAUAUUAAUAAUUAUUAUUGUUUAUAUUGUAUUAUAAUUGAAGAGAAAAACUAGUGAUUAUAUUUGCUGAUAAUUUAUUUUUAAUAUCCUGUUAUUCCUAGUUCUUUGUUUUAUUUAUUUUGGAAAAAUAAUCAGUAAACUCUUAUCCUAUGAUAUUGUAUUUUAGUUAU